AUGAAAAUCAUUACAAAGCUAAUGCAUCCUAUAAGAAGAAGCUUAAUAGAGGAACUACCGGCAGAGAUUCUAACGGAGAUUCUUAGGAAACUACCGGGGAAACAAGAAUUGCUAUGCCGUUCUGUCUCCAAGACGUUCCUUGGUCUGAUAGACAGUCGUUGCUUCAUGGAGAGACACCUUCGUGAUCAUGAUCAUGGCGAUGAACCUUCAUCGCUGCUCACUUAUGGCAUCCAUGCUGAAACAGUCUUUUACAAGUUGUGGAUGUGUAAGACGAGGCUGGAGGAGAGUGGCGAAGAAAAGGUGUUGAAGGUGGAAGAUCGAAGCCUUUGGAAAUAUCCAUGCAUGCAAAACCAGGCAUAUUUUAACCCUAUAAGCUCAAACGGACUAAUUCUAAUAUAUGGUUCCAGUGAUCCGUAUGUCUUCAACCCUAUCCGGAAGGAGGCUAUGAAGAUACCAAGCCUGAAGGACGAAAACGCGUGGAAACAGCCUCUAGGGUUUGGAUAUGAUCCGAAAGGGAACACUCACAAGAUCAUAAGUGUUUGGGAGACAAAAGAGCUCGAGCUUGUGGCCAAAGUAUUUGCCCUGCGGGAAACAGACUAUGAAUGGAGGAGCUUAGACAUCUCCUCUUCAUCCUCCAUUCUUCCUUAG